UUAUUUACUUGUUUCCAGUUUUAGCUUAUUAGCUGAAAUAGAUCACCAAACGGACAUUUCGUACCAUGAAAGGGCCGACUCAUCCAGCGAUUAGGAUAGCAGUAACUAUCAUUGCGUUUAUAGUGUUCAUUCUCACUCUUAUUUUAUCUUUCCUUGGAAACGUACCUAUUGGAGUCGGAGAUGAAAACUCGACGGAGAACAUACUAGGAGGGGUUUUCAUCAACACCAUACCGGACCUGAGUGCGAGAUACCCAAGCAAUCUCAAUGCAGCAUCAUGGACAUUCAACAUCAUAUGGCCUGUUAUUUUCCUUUACAAUUUCGUCAGCGUUUUCUACAUGCUGGUCUCCCUGUGCCUUCCUGAGGAUAAAAGCCCAAUUAUGAGAGAGCCUGCAAUGAUGCCAGUGGGUUCCAUAAUAUUCUGGACACUGGGUUGGGGCGUUGGGCGUUAG